AUGGCGAAUGAGAUUUUCGACGUAGUCGACGGAACGAGACAAAGACCUGAAAACACGAAUGUGGCAGCGAUGAAAACGUGGGUGAAGGAUAACGCCAAGGCUACGGCGAUUAUUGCGUCAGCGAUGGAAGAUGAUCAAGUGAAUAGUGUGCUUGUCUGUACCACAGAGUUCGAGAUGUGGAAGAAGCUGAUGACUCUGCACGAGCAAAAAUCGGCCUCAAAUGUGGGUGCAUUAACGCAACGUUUUUACGCGUAUAAAAUGCAGACGUCGGACUCAGUGAUCCAGCACGUAAGUGCCAUACAGAACAUGACAAGACAGUUGCGGGAUCUAGGCGAGCCGAUAUCGGAGGCAGCAGUAAUCGCAAAGAUUUUGUCGAGCUUGACGACAAAAUUUAAUGUCUUCAAGACAGCGUGGGACAGUGUCGAUCCACAGCGUCAAACGAUUGCGAAUCUGUUGGAGCGGUUGAUACGCGAAGAUUUGAAUUUCGACAAAGAAGAGGAUUCGACGAGCGCGUUAGCGGUCACGAAGAAAGCGAAUGCCAAGUGCAACGACAAGGACAAAAGGAGAAGGG